GUGUCGUCGAAGGUGUCUUUCGUAACCUAAGAAAAAAGCAGAAAGCACGAAAAACUGAAGGAGACCUGGUGCAGACAAAAAAAGGGACACGACACUCGAAAGAGUGUCUAGAAGUGCAUUUAUCGGGGUUUGUUGAGUGAAAAUUAUCGUGAAAGUCUCCGUCGAGCUUAGAUUUUGAAAUGAGUGAUGACCAAGAUCAUGAUAAUGUGAUCGAGGAGGAUUAUUACACGUUUCUGAAUCUACCACGAAACGCAACUCCAGAGGAGAUCAGUAAUGCUUAUCGCAGACAGAGCAGGAUGUAUCAUCCUGAUAAGCAUGUUGAUCCGGCACUCAAGACAAAAGCGGAAGUUCUGUUCAAUAGGACAAGCAAAGCUUACGAGGUUUUGAGCAAUCCGCAUCAAAGAGCAAUUUACGACUCCCUGGGAACUCGUGGACUGCAGACUAAAGGAUGGGAGAUAGUUCAAAGAACAAAAACUCCUCAAGAGAUUCGAGAGGAGUACGAGAGAAUAGCACGAGAAAGAGAGGAAAGCAGGCUUGAACGGAGAACUAAUCCAACUGGAAAUGUAACCGUUAAUAUAAACGCGAGUGAUUUAUUCACCCCGUACGACGAUGAUUAUGAUGAUCGUUAUAGCGAAGGAAUGUUCUCAUUUCUUGAGAUCAGUGGAAUGUCAUUCUCUCAAUCUAUCGAGGCACCUCUCACACUGCGCGACACUCUCAUGAUGUAUGGCCAAAUAGAUACUCAAAAUGGUACUGGUUAUGGAACUGUCAAUUUUGCUGCGAGAAGAACUUUGUCGUCAAAGGGCUGGAUGGAAGUCGACGUUGGAGUGGGCGACGGACCCAAAAUAUCCUUAACCGGUCAUAGAGUAUUGACUGAAAAAAUAUUCUGUAACGCUGCUUUGUCGUUGAAAUUUGACGCCCACGAAGCUCGGCCCGGACUGCUUGGACGAGUUGGAAUGCAGUUGGAUAAACACACCGCUGGAUAUUUAACAUACAAAGCCGGUGACCAGACCUCCAUGAGUACGACAGUCGUCAGAGACACCCCCCGUUCUCGCUCUUCUGUUUCAAUUAGUUUCGGUUAUGUGCACUCGCAAAUUACCUUUGGAUAUACGUACAGGAUGGAGGAAAAGCAGCUGAAGCUUCGAGGCAGUGUCAAACUCGGUACUGCCGGUGCAUACGUGACAUACGGAGCAGAGAAGAAAGUAUCAAAGCACAGCGCUUUAUCGGCUGAUGUGCGAGUCGGUGUGCCAACAGGAGUAACGUUAAAAUUGAAGCUAAUAAGAGCGUCUCAAACAUAUAUAUUCCCAAUUCUUUUGUGCGACGAAAUACUGCCAGCUCCAGUGUUCUACGCAACCGUAACGCCCUUGGUAACGUGGACUAUCGUGAAGAAAUUUAUCGUCGAUCCAAUAGUGAAAGAGCGCCAAGAGCGCGAGAAGGAAAAACAAAAAGAAUUGAACAGAACGAGAAUGUUGGAGAAACAGCGUGAGGCUAAAAACGCCGUUGAAUUGAUGAUGGUGACCUUCAGCAGAAUUCGAGCCGAAGAAGAAGCCAAGAGAGGACUCAUUAUUACCAAAGCACUUUACGGACGAUUCGUUUAUCCCAAUGGUCGAACUAACAGUGUCGAAGCUGCUGAACCUCAGAAUGAUGAAGUUAUUGACGUCACUGUACCUCUUCAAUGUUUGGUCAUCGAUUCCAAACUAGUUCUUCAUGAAUCAUCAAAAAGCGAACUGCCAGGGUUUUACGAUCCAUGCUUUGGAGAAGACAAACAACUACUACUUCAGUACCUAUUUCACACACAGACCCAUGAGUGUAUAGUUAAAGACAACGAAACGCUGAGGAUACCACGACAAUCACACAGAGUAAACGUCACAUGACGACGCCGCCGGGUUCACAACAUCAAGAAAAUGACCUGAAUGAUUCGAAUGACUCCCCAUACUUUUUUUUAUCUCAAUUUUUGUUUGGGUUUGUUCAAAAAGGAAUGAACCUGUGGAAGAAGAGAAAGAAAAGAGAGAAAACAAAUAAUUGUGAUCGAGAAUCUUCGAUGCCCAUCGUUCGCCUAUGUUUUGUACAAUUGUUUCAAUUUUCGAAGGAUAAAAAUAGCAAUUUCUUUCCAAAUUGAAUUAAUAGUUUUCCGUUGAUUCGAUAAAUACAGCAAGAAUUGAUGAUUUAUCGAUGUAGAAUAUGCUUUUCGAAGCUCUGCGCUCAAUUCUCCUGUAAUUCCCUCGAAGGACGAGUGUUAAAUGUUUCCCCCGCGUCGAGGAAAACCGAGAAAGAUCCUCGCAAUAGCGAGAACCAAUCCGCAUCUCCAAUUCUUCCUCCACUCGUAGUUUUACUCUUAGAAUUAUUCUUCGCUUCGUGGCCUUCUAUUUUUUGACGGUUUUUAAACCGUAUGUAUACACAGUCAGCCGCGACAAAGCGAAAGAUUAUUCAAGGUACGUGCUUGAUAUUUAGAAGAAAAAAGGCAAAUAUCCUGUUACGUGUUCCGAGAGAAAUGUUGAUACUACAAGUAUUUUAACUUCACUUUCUCUCUUAGCUCUUCGUCAACGGUGAUUAUCACUAUAGUGUGAACAAAGAUUAAUGGCUACAUUACAGUAACUCUAUUUUUUUUCUUCGCUCCAUGAAGUCAUGAACUCGCUCGAACCUUCAUUAUUAUAAAUCCUGAUAGAAGCAACUAUCAUUUUAUAAAUACGAUCGUCGAUCGUAAUUGUAUCAAUCAUUUAUUUGUUUAAAGAAUUAUUGACGAAUGUUGUUAGAAAGCUGCAUUGAGUGCAAUAAACUGCUAUUCCGUUAUUA